AUGUCGGUGAUGCUCGAGACCUCCCUGGGGGAGUUGGUCAUAGACUUGGAGAUCGACAAAUGUCCAAGGACAUGCGAGAACUUCUUGAAAUUAUGUAAGAUCAAAUACUACGCUUUGAAUGCUUUUUUCAAUGUCUCAAAGGACUUUAUAGCUCAGACGGGUGAUCCAACAGCGACAGGCACAGGCGGUGAAUCUCUCGAAUCCUUCCUAUACUCCCAGAACCCAUCGACUUCUCAGCAGACAAAGCCUUCGAGAUAUUUCACACCUGAAAUCAUCAACUCGCUCAAACACCAGUCAAAGGGAACAGUCUCAAUGGCAGUGGCACCUACCAAUCCACCAGGGUGCGGAUCUCAAUUCUUCAUCACUCUGGCAGAUGGGAUAGAAUACCUGGAUGGGAAACAUGCGGUCUUUGGACAUGUGAUUGAAGGUUUGGAUACGCUAGAUAAGAUAAAUGAGGCGUUUCUGGAUAAAGAGGGUAGACCGUUGCAGGAUAUUAGGAUAAGGCAUGUUGAGAUCUUAGAGGACCCAUUCCCCGAUCCACCAAAUCUCAUCCCAAUCCCUUCCUCCCCUCUCCGUCCCCCCGAUUCAUUCUCCUCAAUUCGAAUAUCCGAUACAGAAGAUGUUCAUGCGACUUUACCAGAAGAAGAGGUCGAAGAGCAAAGGCGAAAUACAGCAGCGGCAUCUUCAGCAUUAACAUUAGAGAUGAUAGGUGAUUUACCAUUCGCGGCCGUUCGUCCACCUGAAAAUAUCCUGUUCGUCUGUAAAUUGAAUCCGGUCACUGCGGAUGAAGAUUUAGAAUUGAUAUUCUCGAGAUUUGGUAAGAUAUUGAGUUGCGAGAUCGUUAGAGAUAAACGUUCGGGAGAUAGUUUGCAAUAUGCUUUUAUUGAGUUUGAUGAGCGGGAAUCAGCAGAACAGGCAUACUUCAAAAUGCAGAAUGUAUUAGUGGACGAUCGAAGAAUAUGGGUCGACUUCUCUCAGUCGGUAGCUAAGAUGAGUGUAUCUCAGGCUAUAUCAGGUGGACGAGGUAGAGGAAGAGGAAGAGGUGGUGGUGGAGGACGGGGAGGGUAUGGCGGUGGUGGUAGGAGCGGCGGUGGAAGAGAUAAUGGAUAUGGAGGAGGGAGAGAUAGUAGAGGUGAAGAUCGACGAUAUAUCGCAUCCACGCCUAGAGAUGUAAGAGGCACAGAAGGAUAUGGGAUGGUAUUUGAUCAGUCUUCUGGAAGAGGAUCGGAGAGGAGGAAGAGUAGAUCGCCUAGACGACAUAGGGAUAGGAGCCGGAGUAGGGACAGGAGGGAUGAUAGGAGACACAAGGAUGAUAGGGAUAGGGAUAGGAGGGACAGGGAUGAUAGAAGAGAUAGGGAUAGGUAUAGGGAUAGAAGUAGAGAUCGACAUAGGGAAAGGGAUAGGGACGACAGAAGGUAG